AAAACUACUUAUCAACGGACUGCACGCUGACAUGGAGGAAGUUCUUCGUCAGUUCGUUCAAAUAUCAAAUCAAAUCAGUUCGUUCUAUCGUUCAAAUACCUCCUCCGAUUUGGAUGCCGUUGGAUAUUUGCCAAAUGUUGAAAAUCUUUCAGUUUCAACUCCAAUUGAUCAACAAAAAUUAGAGCCUGCUACGGUAGUCAUAUUGAAUCACGAGAUAUUUAAUGAUACUUCAAUGAAUCGACCUGGCAUUUCUAAGGAUGUCGAGUCUCUAUAUAAGACAUUCCACAAACUAGGAUGCUCGAUAGAAGUUCAUCAUAAUCCUGUUUUCGACGAAGUGUCUUCAACGAUUAAGAAUUUAUCUAGAAGGGACUUCAAGCUCCAAUCUGCAUUGAUUAUUGUAAUCUUGAGCCAUGGUCACCCAAAGGAAGAAAUUAAAGCAUCUGAUAAUCAGAAGUAUGAUUUGGACACUGAAGUCAUCAAUCCAUUACUAAAAAAUCCGACCUUGAAAGGAAAACCAAAAAUCCUUGUGGUGCAGGCUUGCAAAGGCGUUUGGGAAGCGGACGCAAUUCCUUUUCGAAGAGAUCCAUUGGGGAUCAUGAAGUGUUAUAGCACCACCGAAGGAUUUCUAAGCUACCGCCAUUCAAGUAAAGGUUCGGUUUACAUUCAAACCUUUUGCGAGGUCAUGAACAAAGAUGCAUUAACUAAAGACUUCCGGGCUAUCGUCAACGACGUUAACCAACAAGUGAUAAAAAAAACAGAAAAAGGGAAAAAACAAGUGCCAUCGAUAACAUCCACUCUAUAUGAAUCAUACUGCUUUGGAGACUUUGUGUUGCCUGCUCUCAAGUGUAUUGCCAAACCAAAGUCCGACCCGCAGAGGCCAUUAAAGGCUUCUAGCAUAAACCCAACAAACCCAAAACCUAUCAAAACUCCUGCUAUUGUUGAAAAGAUUCUUAACGCACCGCGACCAUUGGUGUUGAUAUUAAACCAUCAUAUAUUCAUUGAUGGCAGAAAACGCGAAGGAACGGCACAAGAUGUUCAAGCCCUUCAUCGGACUUUUACUUCCUUGAACUGUGAUGUCCUUGAAAUACUCAACCCAACAUGGGACGUUGUAAAAGAAACAUUCAACAAAUUGGAAGGGGAUUGCUUGAAGCAUCUACCAGCUUUGGUCAUCGUCAUCCUAAGUCAUGGUGAUCGCAAUGAUGUGAUCGGGACCUGUGACAAUAAACGGUACAACUUGAACGAAGAUGUUCUCUAUCCACUCUUUAGAAACGAGACCUUGGUUGGCAAACCAAAAAUUCUUAUUACUCAAGCUUGUAAAGGUAACCUGGAAGUGGAUGCGUUUCCAAUUAAAUACAGUCCCACAGAGUAUAUAAAGUGCUACUCUACCACGGAAGGAUUCAAAAGUUAUCGCGAUCCGGAGAAGGGAUCUCCCUAUAUUCAGGCGCUGUGCACUCAUUUGGAAAUAUAUGGCCAGGAUUGGGACUUCGAAUCAUUAAUUCGGGAAGUAGGCAUUCAAGUGGCGAGUCAAACUUUUGAAGGAAAGAGGCAAAUACCAACAUUCGUUCCAAGGCUAAAUAAAAAAUUCUACUUUGGCCACAAUGUUUAUACCGAUGGAAAUCCGAACACGUUGAAUAACUAGACGAGUGUUAAUUAUAAAUAAAUCUUUUUAUUAAAAAUGUA